AUGAUUUUAGGUUUUAUUAUUGGCGGAUUAAUCGGUUGCGUGCAGGGAUUGGCGGAUUCAAAUGUUUCGUAUAAAACAGUAGGAAAUUCAAUGUAUAAAUCAUCAUUAAACGGUGCCAUUAUUGGCGGUGUUGCACUUGGUAUUAUAGGUGGUGUAGUUAAUAGAGGAGAUUCAUUUAGGAGGAGGAGAUCACGUAGUAACAGUUUAGCACCCCCGGGUUUUUCACCACAACAACAACAACAACAGGAAAUAUCAAACACAACAAAUUUACCUGUAGUCCCUCCUCCCCCACCUGAAAUAACAACAUAUAGAGUGGCUUUAGUCGGAGCACAGGGAGUUGGAAAAACGGCAUUAAUUUCACAAUUUAUGACGUCUGAAUGUAUUAACGCUUACGACAGAAGCCCACUGUGA